AUUCUAUUUUUUUUUUUAAUAAACAUGGUUUCUGCGAUGAAGAUGGAGGGAAUGUAUUAUGCAGCCAAAGGGCUGUAUGGGUUGUGGAGGUUCAAAGUCUCAGCCACUUCUUGCAUCGCAACCUAAACUUGCUCCAAACAAGUGUCCCCCAUCACCCCCGACCCAGGAUCAUCCACCCAGUACCCCAAGCAAGCAUUCCCCCUCGUCCCUACCUGCUCCUGCUGAAACCAACAACAAUCACCCUCUUCCCAAUCAGACUGCGAAAGAUCAAGAACCCGGUUCAGAAACAACUUGUUCUGAUCUCGAUUCCUUGGAAAUCUCUUUUGAAAAAGCUGCAUCCCUGCGCCUCGAAACACCGGCACAAAUGUGGGCCGCCGUGCGGAAAACGUGCUCCCCGAGUAAGAAGUGGACGAUAGAAAAGAAUAAAAGUAGGCGAGGGUGGAAAACCAUUCGUCUGUUUGUGUCCUCGACCUUCAAAGACUUUCAUGUUGAGAGAGAAGUUUUAGUUAAAGAGGUGUUUCCCGAUCUUCGUUUGUGGUGUGAACAACGAAAGCUUCAUCUCGUGGAGUGUGAUCUCAGAUGGGGUGUGCCGAAAGACUCUACUUCGGAGGAAACAAUUCGAAUUUGUUUGGAGGUUCUUGAUCGUUGUCACGAAGAAAAUGUUUUACCAUAUUUCUUAAAUUUAACUUGCGAGAGGGCUGGUUGGAUACCAACGUUUGGCGAUCUUACGUACAACCUUGCUGCUCAGUACGGAUGGGUUUACGGCCUCUCUGUUACAGAAAUGGAAAUUGUUCAUGGUGCAUUUAGAAAAUGCAAUCCAAAUGCUUUGUUUUUGAUUCGCGAUGGCGAAUUUGCUUCAAAACUGCCAAAAGAUGUAAAAGAGGCCUUUGUCGACGCAGACUCUUUCGCACAAAAAAAACUUGUGAAAUUAAAACAGGUUAUUUGCGAGCAAUUCCCGGAGCCAAACAUCCAUCAUUACCAAGUUGAAUGCAGUGAUGAGCAGGUCGAGGGAAUGACUGAGAGAGAUGUGAAACUGAAGGGCCUGAGCGGUCAGGGCUCUUUCUUUUAUAAAACAGUGUACGAAUUCUUUAAGACAAGGAUAGAAGAACAAUAUCCCCUUGAUCCAACCCCAGAGGACCCACUCGAGGCCCAGAGGACUGCGCACGAGUCAUUUCUUGAUAUCAGGUCGCAGUGUGUUCUGGGAAGAGACGGCGUACUUGCCAAGAUCGAGGAGUAUAUUCGUAGUAAUCCCAGGAAUGCUCCGUUGUUGCUUGUUGGGAACGCAGGCUCAGGAAAGUCGGCUAUUAUGGCAAAGUCAGCGCACGACGCCGUAGAAAAGUCGCAUAAUUCGACGGAGAUCAAUUUCCCCAGACAAAUGUUAAAGUGGAAAGUUUACUUUCAUUUCGUCGGUGCCACCCCUGGCUCAACCGACCUGGCAUUUUUCCUUCAACGUUUAACAAAAGAACUUAAUCCCAGAAAGACGGACGUGGUCAGUGAUCUGGACUCUCUUGUACAGUUGGCGAAUUCGCUACUUUCUAACCCGAAUACUCCGCCAACGAUUGUCUUUGUUGAUGCAAUAAAUCAGAUGGACAGUGAUAAACUGCAGUAUCUAACGAGAUGGCUGCCGGAGGUCGUCUCUCCGAAUGUUCGCAUUGUUCUGUCCAUGAUUGACGAAACGGAUUGUCAUCGUUUACUGAGGGCGUACAAAACGAACCCUACGGAGAUUGUCGUUGGUGAACUGGAUUACGACUCGAGAAAGGCAAUAGUCGUGAACAAUCUUUCUCGUUACAAUAAACGGCUUGACGAUGAACAGAUGAAGCUUCUUCUUAGUAAGAAAGGUUCAGCCAAUCCCUUGUGGUUGUCUCUCGCUUGCGAGGAACUUCGCGUUUACGGAGUAUUUAGGAUGGUCAAUGAUAAGAUUCAGUCUUUAUCUGAUGAUUUACUAAGUCUGGAGGAACAAGUGUUGACUCGUUUUGAGGAGGAGAAUGGCGGGCAACUAGUCAUAGCAACGGUUUGUUUAUUGGAAACCUCGCGUCACGGCCUCUUGGAAACCGAACUCCUAGAGCUUCUAGCCGAUGAGAAACUUAACCCCCCGGAAUACAAGGCGGGCGAUGACGAAGUCUGCAGUACGAAAGCGGAAAAUUCGUCCCAGGGUGCCGGCAUGAGUGACGCGACCGAGGCUCUGGCUGAUAAACUACAAGAGCAAGUUAACAUUGCGUAUGUUCAAACUGCAGAGUCUAAGGACGAGGCGAAAAAGAAGGAAGAGGCAGAAGAAGCUAGUUCAUCCCAGAAACGCCGGCGAAUUCACCUGCCAGCGGUCAAGUGGGCCAUAGUGUACCGCGCUUUGAAGCCGCUGUUGAGACCGUGCGGGGACUUGGGCGAGGGAAGAUUGGACUUCUAUCAUCGAUCAAUCAGUAAAGCCGUAAGAAGAAAAUAUUUUAGCGGCGACGAGGCUUACAAGAAACACAUGUACACGUUUUGGCACGGACGUCUUGCAGAGUUUUUUGAACACUGCGAGGAUUUCGAUCGCAAAUCUGAGGAAUUACCGUAUCAUCUUGAACAAUUGCUGGACAACAACCGUUUGACUCGUUGUCUUCUUGAGUGGCCCGUUUUUGAGCGUCUGUUUUCUGAAGACUUCAGCGUUGACUUACUACGUUCCUGGCAAAAGGCUGGCGGCUAUGCAGCAGCUUCAAAUCUCUACCGAGAAUCACUCAAUAUCCUCGAAAGUUCUGGUGCGUCCGCCGCCGAAGUUGCCGAGCGGAAGUUUAUGGUCAUAACGUUCUUAAUCCAAGCCGGACAAUACAAGGAGUCUCUUGAACUUCUGGAGGAACUCAGAAAGAUUGAAGAAGAGCAGAUGGGUGCCAGAACUGAGAAAAUGGCAGAAAUUUAUCAACUCAUGUCCAAGACAAAAAGCGAGAUUGUCAAAAACUACAACUUUGUGACUAAAAAUCAACUCAAAGAAGAUCAGGAGAUUGUUAGAUUUUGUCAAAAAUGCAUCAGUUACCGAGAGAAGUUGACUGGGGACGAGAAUGAGAAUAAAUUGGGCAAUAUAUACAUUAUUAUGACGCACCAUCUCAGUACAAUAUGUGAUAUUGAAAGCUCGAGUGAUGUGCGAACUCAGGCUUUUGCUUCAGUCGAGAACGCAAUAGAAAUCUUUAAAAGGCAAAAUGAUAUGGGUCACCUUGCUGAGGCUAUCAUGACGAAGUCCUUUAUAAAUCCCCGUCUAGCUAAACAUUUUGCGGAAAAAGAAAAGAUGCUGAUGACGGCCAAGGAACUGUGUGCCAAGACGUACGGUGAAAAACACAUGUUAAUGUUGCGUCUUUAUCUCAAUAUUGGUAUUUUAUAUGAAGAUAAUCGAAAUUUCGAGACAGCCUACGAUUACUUUGUAAAAUGGCAUGAUACGUGCAUAGAGGUGCUAGGGCCCAGUCACCCGAAGGCAAAACGCGCUCUGGAUACAUUAAAAGAGCCAACAUACGUAAGAAUUGCGAGCAUGAGAGAGCAAUUAGCUGCUGGUACAGCUUAGAAAUGAAAAAGAUUACCACGAAUGAACAUUUGCAAUACUAAACCGGCUAAAGCGAUGCAGCUAGUUAAGGUCUCCGUGGUUACCUGGGCGUUAUUAUUCAAACGUGAGAAAUUUUUCAGGGAUUUUAAGAUUUUGAUAUAAUCAUGACAAAAUUACGGGAAAAUUUGUUGCGUUUAAAUUAUCACGAAAAUUUGGGCUGCGCAUUACCAUCGUAUAUCGUGAUUAUGCAAUCCUAUAAUUGCCUUCAAACAUGGAAAUAACUCAUUGUAAUUUUAUAACCUUAACAGCGAAAGCUGAUUAAUUGUGUAAAUUGUAUAAGGAUAUGACAUUUCUUAUUUAUUUAUUUGUUAUUAUAAGCUGUUACUGUGAA